AUGUCUAACUUCGAAAAAACUCAUCAAUAUUAUUCCCAAGCUAUAGUUGCUUUAGCAAACCCAUACUCAGUAAUCUUUUCUGAUGUUCGUAAUUCUUCUGUUGAAAACAUUAAACUUCUCAAAGAAGCAGCAGAUAAAAAUCAGCUCGAACUCCUCAAAAAGACAUCCAACACAGUUAACAGUAUUAAAACAAUGCUCGCAUUAAUUAAGGAAUCUCAUGAUCAACUUACAAAAAGCAGAAAUGCAAUCCAAAAUAUGUUAAACAAGUCUCACAGUCAAACAAUAGAGCAACAUGCAGCAGCUAUUUUCCAAGAAUCAGAUGACUCUGAAGAAAAGUCCGGAGAAAACGAUUGGUCAGAUGAAGUUAUCAUCACUUAA